AUGGGGAUGGAAGAAGGACUUAAGGAAAAUGCUGUAUCAGCUUCCAAUCUGAGACCUUUAAACCAAUGUAGGACUCUUUUACCGAUACGGGUGCUUCAGGUUUUCUUGUUGUUCUUUGUUUUGGUCCUUGGAAUCUCAGUCGUUAGUCUGCACAUGAUCAAGUACCUGAAGAUUCAAACUUUGGCUCCAACCAUAUUGAUCUCUACAUGUGAUGAAAGAAGUACAUUAGAAAGUUUUAUCAAGCCUAGUGUUUGGCACUCCAUGAAUGACAGCGAGCUUCUCUGGCGCGCAUCAAUGGAGCCACGGAGAUAUGAAUAUCCUUUUAAAAGGGUUCCUAAAAUAGCAUUCAUGUUUCUCACCAAAGGCCCUUUGCCCUUUGCUCCACUUUGGGAAAUGUUUUUCAAAGGGCAUGAGGAUUUUUACUCAAUCUACGUCCACACGUUGCCAAAUUAUAAACCGGAUUUCCCAAGCUCCUCUGUGUUUUACAGAAGACAGAUCCCAAGUCAGCCUGUGGCUUGGGGAGAGAUGAGUAUGUGUGAAGCUGAAAGGAGGCUUUUGGCUAACGCUUUGCUAGAUUUCUCUAAUGAAUGGUUUGUUCUGCUCUCUGAAGCUUGCAUUCCUCUUCGUGGUUUCGACUUCAUCUACAGUUACAUUUCCAGAUCAAAAUAUAGUUUCAUGGGUUCUGCUGACAAAGACGGGCCUUACGGGAGAGGCAGAUACAGCUACGCAAUGGGACCUGAAGUCCAACUAGGCCAGUGGAGAAAAGGGUCUCAGUGGUUUGAAAUUAACCGAUAUCUUGCUCUUGACAUUGUUGAAGACAUCGUUUACUAUCACAAAUUCAAAGAGUUUUGUAGACCUCCUUGUUAUGUGGAUGAACAUUACUUCCCAACAAUGCUCUCAAUUCGAUAUUCUAAUUUGCUGGCCAACAGGACAUUAACUUGGACAGAUUGGUCAAGAGGUGGUGCUCAUCCUUCUACUUUUGGCAAGUCUAAUAUAACAGAGAGGUUUCUUAAGAAGCUUCCUCAUGCUCAUUCCUGCUUCUACAAUGAUCAGCCAUCUCAAGUGUGUUAUCUUUUUGCAAGAAAGUUUGCGCCGAGCGCACUGGAGCCAUUACUUAAACUUGCACCAAAGGUUCUUGGAUACUAA